GCACAGCCGCUCUGCACAGCCGCUCUGCACAGACGCUCUGCACAGCCGCUCUGCACAGACGCUCUCUGCGGUGGAGUGACAUCGAGUGUGGAAAUACGGAGACUGUCACAUGCAGUCCAAACGAUGAAGACUUUGUUUGGACAGCCGACCUCUUGGCUCAUCUCCAUCUGACUGCUCCAGGAUCCUGCCGCUGCUCCAUCAGACAGCUGGGACUCAGACAUGCCUCGCUGCAGAGUCAACCUGAGUACCAUGAUCUUCCUGGUCAUCUUGCAGGGGGCAGCAGUGGUGUUAUUCUGUGGCUGGUAUGUCCAGCUCAGCCCCUGUGGCUCUGCCCCCUCCCAUGGGAAGGUCCACGUGCUGUUGCUGUCGUCGUGGCGAUCAGGUUCCUCCUUCUUGGGACAGGUGUUCAGCCAACACCAAUCAGUGUUCUAUCUGAUGGAGCCAGGGUGGCACGUGUGGACCACGCUGCAGCGGCCCGGGGCCAGGGCCCUCCGGAUGGCUGUCCGAGACCUGCUGCGCAGCACCUUCCACUGUGACUUCUCCACCAUGGAAGCCUACCUGCCCCAGCAGCACAAUGUGUCAAACCUGUUCAUGUGGAGCCACAGCCGGGCACUGUGCUCACCCCCCGCCUGCCCUCUCACCCCGCGCACUCACUUCAGUAACCAGACGGCAUGUCAGCUCCAGUGUUCCACGCGAGGCCUGGGUGGUGCGCAGCGUGCCUGCAACACCUACAGUCAUGUGGUGCUGAAGGAGGUGCGCUUCUUUGAGUUGGAGUCUCUCUACCCUCUGCUGCAGGACCCUGGGCUGGACCUGCGCAUUGUGCACCUGGUACGGGACCCCCGAGCCGUCAUGCGCUCUCGAGAGGAGUCUUCCAAGUCCUUCACCAGUGACAGUGCCAUUGUGCUGGAGCAGAGGAACGUGUCCACAGCAGAUGUACAGUACCAAGUCAUGCAAGAAAUCUGCCGCAGCCACGUGCGUAUCAAGGAGAGGGCGCUCCAAAAGCCCCCGCCCUUUUUAGAGGGCCGAUACAAGUUGGUGCGUUAUGAGGACCUGGCUCGCAACCCACUGGAUGAAAUCGGCUCCAUCUAUGACUUUGUGGGUCUGGAGAUGACUUCCACUUUGAAGGAGUGGAUAUACAAAGUCACACAUGGCAAAGGCAAAGGUACCAAAAAAGAGGCUUUCAAAAUCACCUCUCGCAACGCUGUGGAUGUGUCUCAGGCGUGGCGAACCUCGCUGCCUCAUAGUAAAGUGCGCCGCGUGCAGGAUGUGUGCCGUGGUGCCAUGUCGAUGCUGGGCUAUCGUCCGGUCAACAGCGACAAAGAGCAGAAGAAACUGGACAUCGACCUCUUAGUGCCGCGCGAGCCGUACCGCUUCAGCUGGUUACCGACCAAAACUGAGCCGCCAAAGAUAAAGCCUUAAGACUUUUUUCGUCCUAUAAGAUAGGAGGAUGUCAUACUGCAUGACGUGGGGAAUUUAAAUCAUACAGCAACAGACGCACCAAGUGUGCAACAGACACACUGAUUGUGCACCCGAUCAGUCGUGGCUACGACGAAAGUCUGUCAGAGCGAAUAUAAGGCUCCAGCUCCAUAUAAUAAUGUGUCUGUAAUUGCACAGGUUAGCUGAGGGUUGCCACACAUUGCGUAAAAUACAGAAUUGUUCCGUCAUUGGAAUGUAAAACCCGUUUUUUUGAGAAGUCAAUGAAAUGUGCAAGUCUAAAGGAAUGAUCUGACAAGCAUUCUUUCCUUCAUACAUUCCCCUAUAAAUGUGUAAGCUGCCAAGUUAGUUUUGUCACCGAAUAACUUUCUCUCAUAUCGUAAUUUAUUUUUGAAGUGGCUUCACUGUAGACUUACAGAUGCCUCAUAUGUUCUUUUCUGUUGACUUAAAUCAUCAGCAUACUUCACAUUUUCAUUGGAUCUGUACUGUUAUCAAGCAAGUACAGCUUAAAUUGUUUAAAUAUGUCCAUGUACUUACUGAAACCUGUUUGGAAAUCUGUUUGUGUUGUUGGGCAUGUCCAUGUGUUUGUUUUUCUGUAGAAAUAAGAGGCAUUUUCUAAACCAGGGGUACUUUUUUUUUCAGAGGUACUUAUAGCCUACUUGCCAAUGCUGAUUGUAACUCAUCAGUCUCACCGGGC